UGUAGCUAGCGGCAGGUAGGUUGCAUCGUCAGUUAGCCACCGUAUUUUAUCACAUUUAAACUGCUCAUUUACAUAAAACAUAAUCUUUAUGAAAUAUUUAACCGCUUCACUGUUAAGGCGGUUAUCAAAGAGAAACGCAGUUUCCAUCCGUCCUGCUGGAUUUGAGCGUCAGAAUUGGGAAGCAAAGCGAGAAGGCGGCUGCCGGCGGAGCAGCAAGCCUCGGGGACAAGAUGUCGGAGAGUCCGGAGAAGAGCGCCUCGGUGUCGGCUCAGGAGCUGAAGGAACAAGGAAACCGGCUGUUUCUGAGCCGUAAAUACCUGGAGGCUGCAGCCUGCUACAGCAAUGCCAUAAACCACAGUCCGUCCGUCCCGGCGUUCUACACCAACAGAGCUCUGUGCUACGUGAAGCUGCAGCAGCACGAUAAAGCUCUGACCGACUGCAGAAACGCUCUGGAGCUCGACAGCCAGUCGGUCAAAGCUCACUUCUUCAUGGGUCAGUGUCACCUGGAGAUGGAAAACUACGACGAGGCCAUCGGCAACCUGCAGAGAGCGUAUAACUUGGCCAAAGAGCAGCGGCUGAACUUCGGCGACGACAUUCCCAGCGCUCUGAGGAUGGCCAAGAAGAAACGCUGGAACAACAUGGAGGAGAGAAGAAUCAACCAGGAGAGCGAGCUGCACGCCUACCUCACCAGACUGAUCCUGGCCGAGAAAAAGAGAGAGCUGGAGGGCUGCAGACAGAAACAACAGGACAAAUCAGACGACAGCAGAGUUCAACACAAUCUCAACGAGAUCCACACAAAACACGAUAAGUAUCUGUCAGACAUGGAGGAGCUUUUCUGUCAAGUCGACGAGAAGAGGAAGAAGCGAGAGAUUCCAGACUUCCUGUGUGGAAAGAUCAGCUUCGAGCUGAUGAGGGAACCCUGCAUCACUCCCAGCGGAGUCACGUACGACCGCAAAGACAUCGAAGAGCAUCUGCAGAGAGUCGGACAUUUUGAUCCGGUGACUCGAACUCCGCUGACCCAGGACCAGCUGAUCCCAAACCUGGCCAUGAAGGAGGUCAUCGAUGCUUUUAUUGUGGAGAACGGCUGGGUGGAGGACUACUGAGGACAAGUCAGUGUGUUCAGAGCUGAAUGUCAAUGAACUCGGUGUAGUUCAGGUUCCUUUAAAAAAACACAUUUUUCCUUAAAUCCGUUUAAAGUCGGACUGAUCAGAUCUGAGACUUUAUAGAGUCGACACACUACAAUGAUGCUGAAAAAUAAUCACACAUUUCAACUGUAAAUAAAAAGACAAAUGUUGUGUUUGCUGGCAAACAGAAAGAGAAGAAAGUUUAAUCGGCAGCAGGUGGAAGAACCGGUUUGCGUUUCAUGUGUUGAUCAGUGAAUUUAGCCUCUUCCAGGUUUGUUUCCUGGUUAGAUUUUGUGUCGCCGUGUUUUAUCAGCAUCAGACAAUAGUUCAUAAACUGAUAUUUAUCUCCGGUUGCUUGCAAUAUGGUGCACAAGUUUGCUGUUUAAAUGUGAUAUUUAGCUUUAAAGAGCUCAAAUGUGACUUUUUUUUGUAAAAGGCUUUAUAGAUUCUGAGUGGAGCAGAUUUAGCAGAAAAUACAGUUUAGAUUCAGGCUUUAAAUCAUGUGCUGCUGUUUGAAAAUGUUCCGACUCAAUAAAACUUCAUGUUUUCUACA